AUGGUUGAGCCGGACUUAAGUUUCAUAAAAUCGGACAUAGAUCUCUCUGAGGUGGCUCCUCUGAAUCGACGCAGAGUUGUCGCGUUUGUAAAUUGCUAUCUACUGAAAAUGACCGAUUUUCUCAACGAUUUUGCCAUUAGAGCCGAGCGACUCAUUUUGGAAACUGAGCGACAACUACGCGCAGUGGACACAAAACUGCAGUUACUUGAAGCAAAGGUUUGGCAUCUAGCAGCAAUACCUGACCCAGCAUCGAAGUCUAUCAAACAACAAGUGGAGGAAAGAAAAGCCGAAUUUGUUAACAGUGUAUCUACCACUCAAGCGGAUGUAAAAGAACCAGGUCCACUUUUGAAUUCUGCUGUGGAGGUUGCUGACCCCGCGGCGGAAAUGGUGCAGUCGUCUGCACCAGUAAAUACGGAAGCAACUCCAAUGAAGCAGGACCUGCUAAUAGUUAAGGAUGACCCUGCUUUCGCAAAAUACUUUAAGAUGCUUAAACUGGGAGUUGUGGAACCUGCAGUGAAACUAAAAAUGCGGUCAGAAGGUGUUGAUCCAAAUCUGCUCGAUAACCCAAAUGCUCCAUCACCUAAUGCAACAAGUACAAUAAUUCCGACAGAUGGUAUAUUAUCUCAACCUGACGACAGCGACUCGUCGUCAAUUCCAUCAUUCAGCGACUCCGAUUGA